CGGAACCACACCGAUCAAGCCUCUGUGGCACAGCCAAGCAGGGACAAGACUGUCGUCGAAUUGGAGUGGCGAUGUGCGCUGUUCACGAGGACAACAAACCCCACGGUGGCGUGGAAACCUGCGCAAGGCUUCCCCUGAAAGAGUCGUUGAGCAGAGAUUGACGCCUGCGUAUGUGUGAUAUGCAGGCCAAGAUUGGCAGCAGCGGGCGGCUGCUGUGGAAGAUGAGCGUUGGGCGGAAACAAAGUCUAAGGCUGUGGGUUGCCGGGAUGAUGAUGACAAGCCUCUUGACUUAUGCGAGACCGAAAUUGGUCGGAGAAGCUCGUAUUCUGGACGGGACGGUUUCGGGAAGGGCCAAUGGGCUCGUAAUGGGUGCGCAAGAGGCGUUUUGGUGUGACCGUGUGGGCAGUCAGGGCUGGUCGCGGGCAGGACGAGGCUGCGAAUGCCGUCACGAAGGGGACAAUGGAGGCGGCAGCGCGGGUUUAAUUCGACGGGCGAGGGGAGGUCGCGGUCGAGAUCGCCUUGGGCGGAGCACAGGCAAGGAGAGUGACGAAGGGCGUCGAGAUGCGACACAAGGCGACGGCACGGGUUGGGAGCGUACGAGAGGACGGAGGCGGAGAGGAAUGCAGCUACCCGAGGGCCAUGAGGGUUGGCUGCACUCGACACUCAAACUAGCAACAACGCGCACUAUAGCAGCUCACACGGCGUCGGGAACCGUAGCAGCGGGCUAUGGUGGCAGCGUAGCGUUGUGCAGAGAUGAGGCAUGCGAGCCAGGCGCGGCGCAAGGAGGGGAGAGGGGGGGGGGGGGGGGGAGAAGAGGAGAGCGGAGCGGGCGAGAGAGAAGGAAAGGAAGAGUGGAGAGGGGAUAACGAGGUAAAAAGGAGAGCGAAGAUGCGCGCAAGGAGGCAAUUCGCAAAAUAAGACGACGGCGGUCAGUGGCCGGGAGUCAGAGGACGAGAGGUCGGAAGGCAGAGGUCAGGCGACGGGGCGGUGGGAUGUGUGGAUGUGUGGAUGGUGGAAGUGUGGAGGUGUGGAGGUGCGGAUUGUCGACUGAGGCCGUGGAUUUGGAGUGGAUUUGGGAUGGAGG